AUGGCAACGAGGUACAACCAGCACGGGAUCCGAGGAGGGCAGUUCACAAGAGCAAAGAUUCAGCACAGCAGGGAUCUGUUCAAGGAGCACGAGGCGCGCGGGAGUGUGGGGCCCGGGCUCUUGUAUGCGAGCUCGACGGUAACGGAGAAGACAACCAAGACUGGCGCUCCCAUCGGAACGGCAGAGAAAGUGCACCAGAGGCCCCUGUGGAAGCGGGAAGAGGAGUGCGCUGCCCAGGUGCCAGGAGCGGGCUCGUACUCACCAGGGACGAACUUGACGAGCAACGGCUUCGCUCCUAGGAGCCCCAUGGCAACCAUCGGGAACGCGAGGAAGGGACACUCGAGGAAUCUGUGGAUCGAGCAUGAGAAGAACGCGAGCGAGGUCCCUGCACCCGGGGAGUACGACAGUAUGUGCUUGAGUAGUAUCGCAUUCAGAUCCAAGACAGACCUUGGCUCGUCAGUCUGCAGCCCCAACUCUUCCUCCUCCCAGCUCUUCUCCUCCAGAGGGAGCACGCCUCGGUCAAGGAGCAGCGUCCGACAUUCUCUUGCCUCCCUCCACGAGGCAGGUCGAGGCGAGCACUUGCUGAUGAGCCCCAGAGUGCAGAGCAUCCUCUCCUCCCCUCGCAACAUCGAGAGCAAGCGGAAGAGCGUCGGGGAUCGGCGGUGGACGAGCGUGAAAGAGCGGUCGGAUUCCGAAGACAUCCCGUCUCCUCGACACAAGGCAAGUUGCAGUGGGCGCAACAGGGAGUUGAAUGCUGAGAACGUUCAUGUCAAUCGUAAUCGCCAAGUGAAGUCAAGCCCCUCCCUCUCCAGCAGGUUACCACCAGAAGCAUCCAAGGAGUAUCGCCAGGAGCUUGUGGAAGUCGGCAGGAUUGUCCCGCAAACUUCUUCUCAGCUCAAGAAGCUCGACGUGUCAUCGUCGUCCGACAGUGAGUCACCCAUCCACCAGGUCUCAGAGCACGGGCUCAGUGCGUCGAAGCAGCCGAGCAGAGGUGAGGCGAGGGAGGUCAAUGCGGACAAGAGGAGGAAGUCUUGUGCGAGACAAGACGGAGGGUCGGAUGCUCAUUACCGUGAGGCCAUGCGGCUCUUGACCCUGCAUGGGAGGAAGGAGGAGGCAGAAGAGAAGUUCAAGCAGGCGCUCGCUGCCAACCCAAGGGACACGAGAGCCCUCAGGCAGUAUGCCAGCAUGCUCAUCCAGUCGGAGAGGCGGGAGGAGGCGGUCGUUCACAUCCGCUCCCUCCUCCAGCUUGCCUACAACCACAAGAGCGAUGGAGGGAGCGUGAACAACACGUGGGGCACGCGGAUGGUGGAGGACCUGACGGCCUGCGGCUCCCUCCUCACUUUGAUAGGACGCGAUGAUUUCUCAGCUCGGGUCUACGAUGCUGUGCUGGACAUCAGGCCAAAUCACACGCCUGCUCUCACCGCCUAUGCUGAUCUCCUCGUCAUGAAGUCACUCAAGGGAGCGGAAGCAAAAAGUCUCAACGAGCAGGCUGUCCAGCUGUACAACAGAGCCUCGGAGAUUCUCAAGGCCAAGGGCUCAUGA